AUGAAGUUCACCGUACUAGCCAUUGCGACUUUGACGACGUUCGCCGCCGCUCUUCUCAUCCCGGAAGACAAGAAGCACCACGUCAUCUACUCGCCCGUCGGUGCUCCCCAUCAUCCUGAGCACAAACUCGGGCCUCUUGGAAAGCCCCGGGAGGGGCAUGUCGAGGUGCUGCCUUCUGCUGAUGGCGACAACUUCAAGGUGAUCAAGAUAGUUCCGGACCAGCACGGCAAGCCGGCCCCGAUUCCCAUCAAGCUUGAGUCUCGGCCAUUUAAAAUCGACCAAAAAUUCGACCACAAGGGGAAUCAUAAGCACGAUCAUAAGCCCUGCUGCCCGUUCGACAAGCACGACCCCAAGCACGACCACAAGCAUGACUAUAAACCCUGCCCGUACCACAAACACGAUCACAAGCAUGACCAUAAGCCCUGCCCAUACCGCAAGCACGAGCACAAACCUGAGCAUAAGCCCUGCCCAUAUCAUAAGAUCGAGCACAAGCAUGACGAUAAGCCUUGCCCAUACCAGAAGCCUGAGCAUAAACAUGAGCAUAAGCUCUACCCGAUCGAGAAGCUCGACCGCAAGCCCGACUGCAAGCAUGAGCACAAGCAUGAGCACAAGCCGGAGCACAAGCCGGAGCCCCAUAGGCCGGAGCAUCCCAAGCCGGAGCCUCAACCUACGCUCGAGGGAGAGUGCAGCCCAGGAGCCUACGAAUGCACAUUCAACCCGAAAUCCGGUGCUCCCGGCUGGAAGGUCUGCAACUCAAGUGGAAAGUGGGAGUACGGAGGAGAUUGCCCCCCAAACACGGUAUGCAAGUAUUAUACGCCUAGCAAGAGCCCAUAUUGUGUUCCUAGGUACUACGAGUUUCCAUAG